AUGACCAAUUCAGAUAGAAAUACUCAAAGAAUAAAUCUGGCGGAUUUGGAGCACACAAGCAACCCAGGAAGAAAGGCAAGUCGAAUUGAGCUACGUCUGCUACGAGAUGCGUACAGUCUGACCAGGAACGAGGAGACCAAGGCAGAAUCAACAUAUCCAGAUAUAAGUUUAAAGAGAGUCACUGCUUACUGUACGGCUGACUCGUACGACUUAAAGGGGCUCUACAGGUUCUUCAAGCAGAGCAAGAAGAGCGAGAAGGUGCUCAUGUUCUUCGGAGAGUGCCUCUACGUGCGAUGCGACGAGUGCGACAUCUACUUUCUUGACUACGGCGUGGUCGUAUCCUGGGGCCUAGAGGAGAACCAGGAGCAGAGUCUCCUGAACGUGACCAGGACGUUCGAGAAGACGCCGUACGAGUACAAGAGUGUCGAAACAGAGAGCUUUCUCUAUGGCGUAUCUGACGUAUCCAAAAUAGGCAAUGAUAAAAUAUACAUAAAAGACGAUAAUUUCACUACCAAAAUGGUGCUGAGUACCGCAAUAGCGCAAUCUGUGAAAUUGGACUAUUUUGAGGAGCUGGUGGAGUACACGAUUGAGAUGGUGAAGGAUCUCCCUGAGGAGGUUGAGAAGGAGGGAAACAUCGGCCGAACCAGAAACGAGCUGUUCAAAAUCAUGGGCAAAUUGCACAAGCUGAGUUUCGACCUGAAUCUGGCGUCGAACAUCCUCGAUGAGCCAGACCUGAUAUGGCACUUUGAGUCGUACAGCCCGAUGUACGAGACGUGUCUGCGGUACCUGGACAUCAAGUCGCGAACUGACUUGCUCAACAAGAGGUGCACCAUCAUCCACGGAAUCCUUGAUAUUCUGAAUUCAAAUAUCACCACCCACAACUCAGAGACACUUGAGAAGCGAAUGUCGUACAUUCUCCAGGUCAGUGCUGGUCUCGGUGGACUCCAAUGCAUUCUGCUGGGGCUGAUGGUCUACUUUCUUUCCAAAAAGUGA